AUGAGCGGACUGAUAGGUAUACCCACGAGAUCCGCCAGUGUCAGCAAGGCGUUUCAGUUCGCUGAUCUUGCGAUACGUAGCGCAGACAUAGGAAGCGAGAGCGAAGUCUUCUUGCGAACGAUACGAAUCGUUCGUAACGACCUGUCCGAGGUCGAGCGUUUGGUCGCCGUUGGCUCGGUACGGACAAAACUCGCAAACACACCCGAAAGACUCCCUUGGAUACGGAGUUGUAUCGAGAACACCACCUCCGCCUUGGAGGAGAUCGGCAGAUGGGUGGACUGCGGCAGCGUCGAGCAGCAUCGCGAUGUCUUGGACCAAUCUCAGAAACUUCGACACAUUCUCAAAGACCGAGAACGACUAGCGGACCGCAAGAGCGAACUCAUGUUGUCGAAUGUACUCAGCUUCCUUAAUCGCUUGGAGGACCUUCCCAGUACUGGGGCGCUUCCAACGUAUCAGGAUACCACCUACUUUGAUGACAUCGUGUCGCGGCACAGAAGAUCAACCGGCCACGCUCAACUGGGUGAUGGCUCACCGAAGGUCUUCUUUGGGGACAACAAUCGAACGACAUCUUACCCUACCAACACUUCGUGGCCAGCGAAUCAGAAGUCGUUCUUUACCGAAGCACCAUACACACAAGACGCGUCGACCAUUGAUGCGGUGAAGUCCACCCUACGAUCGUUAUGUGGACAAAUGCAAGUAAUGCCAGACCACCGAGACUACAAGCCAUACAACUCGCGAUAUCAAUCGCCUCCCAGCCUACCAAGCAGUCCGCCCCCUACAUAUACAUCAGCUGAACAGCGCAGUCCCCGCUCGGAAACAUCGCUCGAAGAUACCAAGCGUCAUCUUAGUAUUGAUCAGCCGAUCCAUAGAAGCUCGCAUUCAUUGCUGAGUGAAGUACGUGAUGACGCGCAUAUCGUACCAUCAGCCCGAAAAGACACAUGGGCCUAUACGUAUGAGAGGCAUCAAGUGCCCGCAGAACUGGCAGGCGACAGCUUCAUGAGUGGCACAAACUCAGACGGACCAGUGAAUCCGUACGCGUUCCAUCCUACCGCACCAACUCUGGUCCCAAGACCCCAUGUCUUCCAAGACAAGAAGACGGAGAUACUUUCGGAGUUGUUGGGGGAUACCCGUCAUCUCGCAUACGGUCAGCGAGCCGACCGCUACCGCCAACGAAACGUCAAUCGCGCCGCCGAGAUUCGAGCUUGA